AUGACCAAGGGGUGGGGUGCUGCAUCAGUGGAGCAACGAAAUGGUCAGGAUGAGACCACAGAGUUGGUGGCGUUUCGUGGUGGUAUUUUGCCAGAGUUAAACAAUGGCCUGCAGCGGGUUGGUCAUACGAUUGUGGUCUACAAACACGACCUGUACUUAUAUGGGGGAUAUGGCCUGAAGAAUUCGUAUUCGACCAGUAUAUUUUGUAAUGUCAAGAUGACUCUGCAAUGGAGAGAGAUACGGGGUGUGGGUGUAGUGCCGUCGGGGCGCGCCAAUCACACAGCACUAGUGCAUGAUAGCAAGAUGAUAGUGUUUGGAGGUCAUCGAAAUUUGGAGGUGUUUGAUGACCUAUACAUUCUAAGUCUUGAAACAAUGCGGUGGGAGAAGGUGAAUUACGACCAGGCGCAGGGUCCUGGUCCUGUCUUCUCGCAUGCGGCCGUGUAUGUACCGCCUACACAAACAAUGAUCAUCAUUGGUGGGUUUCACCAACGACAGCACAACAUGUACGUUGCCCACUCUUAUGAUAUCCACCACCGCGUGUGGAAUGGUAUUCGCGGGCCAGAUUCGGUAAACCCACAUCAUCUUCAGAUGUGUACUGCUGCAUAUCACAACCCUACAACGUCCCUCAUUGUUAUUGGCAUGGUGGAAAAGGAUGUGCUGACUUCCCCAUCGUGCGACGUACCUACAGUACAUAUGAUGAAUGUACAUUCGGGUGUGUGGGUGGAGGUCAACACACCGGCCUCUCCAGAAACUCCUAUUCCAUUCCGAAUUAGCGGUGUGUGGGAGUACUUCAUCCGUGAAGUCAUCAGUAUGGGUGGCGCCUACGACGAUAAACGCCAGGAGUGGUACUUUCCGCUUUUGCUGGCCCCCAUUGAGAAUUGUCUCGGGCGGCGGAGGGCCGACAGAAGCUCCUCUAUAUCAACUACGGAUUCGAGAGCAAGGCCAAAGACUAAAUCAAAGAGCACCACUUACGGUUUUUUCAAGCUUCAACUGCGGGACAUGACGUGGUCUAUUGUUCCUACAAAAUUUCCCAAACGGGUCAUUGCAGAACUCAUGGCACGCAAGAUGUCAAAACAUACUGGACAACCGGAGCGGCAAAGUGCUGCCAGUCAACGCAAACCCAAAACCUCGAGCGGGAAGAAACAUCUCUUACCGCUUUACUCUGUGGGUGGUGUCUCCCGUUUUCAGCACAAGUACGCAUUUGUAGCGAUUGAUCCCUCAGGCGCUCGGCGACAGCACUCAGGCCACAAACUCAUCGUUAUGCACGGUGGGAUGUCUCCUGAGGAUUACGUCAUGCUUUUAUUUACACCCAUAUUAAAGAAGACUGUAGUCUCUUCACCUAGUAACAUUGACUCCUUCGUCGCCUUUUCUGAGAGUGAGACAACAAUGACUAUUUCACCGUUUUGGCAAACUUCCACCAGCGCGGAGCAGUCAACUUCGUUAUGGGAUGAGCACAGCGAUUCUGAGGGCGAACUCAGUCGUCUCAUUGCGGACGGCACACAGAAGAAGGAGUCAAUACCCACUAUUGAGGAUGAUGUUGACUCCAACAUUAUGCUUGGACGGCUGCGUCACACUAACAGUGACCCCACUUUGCUGCCCAUUCUUCCAACGACACGAAACGCCAAGAAUGUAAAUCGUUUUGCAGUCCUUUAUCACCCUCGGAGUGCUGUACAUAGCGACAAACUCCUUCCAGACUCUGUGUGCCCUGUUGCCGUUAUGGAGAAGGAGGCAGAUGUCAAAACAUGGGCGGAGAACUUUUAUUCUGAAACUCGACAGUGGAUUGCAACACAUAUAGCAGCGGCGAGGGAAGAGGAAAGGGCAGCACGCCGAAACAACAGAAAGGGACGGCAUCUAAAGAAACUAUCGGGUGCAGAAGCUGAAGGUGACGACUCUUCCGAUACAGGGUCUGAUGUCUCCAGGGAUUCGGGUGAAACAAAGACCAAACAGACGUCGACGGCGAGGACAUCGCUCCAUCCACAGAAGCCAAAGGAUUUCUUUCUUGACAAAAACUUGGAAGUCUUUGGUUUAAGCAAAUGGGAGGUUCGAAGAGCGUCGUAUUAUAACAAGUCGCCCUUUUUGCUUCCUGGCGAAACGUUGGAUACGAUAGGGCGCCUGCGCAUGGCAGUAAAACGCAACCCAGAGGUUCAACGACUUCCAUCAACAGUGUUUCAGCGGGCAUCACUAGGGAACGUGACGGAUAUUGGUGGAGCCACUGCCUACCUCCUUAUGGAGGCUGCACUGGCACGUUUUGAAGAUGGUUCACAGGAAUCGAAACGCCAGCGAGCGAUUAUACGUUGGCGGUAUCUCCGUGUGAUGGUGCUCAACGGGGAAGCAGCGUUCAUUAUGCAUCGCGCUAGGCAGGACGAGGGAAGGGGGAACGGAGUGGAUGUUUCGAGCACGGAGCAACUCGCCCUUGUGCCAGAGCUUCAUACAAAAGGUGCUACUCCUACAAAGGUGACAGCAAGGCCCAUUCCAUAUGCCGUUCCAUCACUGCCUAUCCACACAGUUCGCUCCUCGGAGAUGACUCCAAGUGGGUUUGUGAUGUAUCACUGUGUAAAGAAUGUAAAGUAA